CAGGUACAGCUUCUCCUUUUAUGUAAAGCAGUUAACAAAUCUAAGUGCAGGACUUGACACCAGAUAGAGUUAAGGUAUUUUGUAUUGGCAGCUAAUGUGGUCUAUAAAAAUACAAUGGUUAAAAGCUCUCUGACAGAAAGUGUGUUACAGAUGAGCACCUAGUGCCCCAUGAAAACAACAGAAACAUAACUUUGUCUUCUGUUCAAGUUGUAAGACGCUAAAUGAGAUUCUUCACCUGCCUGGAUUUGCCAAAGUUUUGCAAAUAAUGCUUUCCAAAAAGUCCAUCAGUACUGAACAUGGUUGGUCACUUCCAGGUUAACAAGACAAUGCGCACACCUUAGUGCAGAGACUCUGUUAUGCACAAACGCUUUCUAUCUCCUUUCCUCUCUCAUCCGUAACACAUCGUAGGCUGUUUAUAGGAGGUUGCUAUUUUGUGGAAUCUCUUUUAACUGUCUGAUGCAUUUGGCUUAACCUUCUUGCUUCCUGUAUUUUCUAGAUUGCUCUGCUGAAACUGAUGCCAUUAACCAUGCCUCAUGCCCAUUGUUAGACACCUGCUCUCCUGCAUGCAUACAAGCACAGCAAACGUAUAAAUGCAGAAGGAUCAAAUGUUUCUCUUAUUUUACCAGUGACUGCUGCAAUUCUGACUUUAAAACUAGAUGUGCUGGGUUUUUUUUAUGAUAGUGAUGUACUUUAUCUUCAGAUCUUAAGACUGUUGUGAUCUCUGUGAAUUUAAAGCAUGCGCUGAGAGGACUUCUUUGAGAGCAAUUCCCAUGUUCACUGAAGCGCUUGUUCUGAGACAUCUGCUUCAGCCUCUUGUUUCUCAAGUUGGAUUUACUUUAUCAGGCACAGUAAAUACUAUAGCCAAAGCAUCUAGCACUAAUGAGUCUAAAGCAGAAGGAAAGGUUGGAAGGGAUAAAGGAGAAACAUUGCCUAUUCAUUUGCGCCAUAGGUGGGCCUGGCAAUGAUUCAUUUUAAGUUGGGGGGUAAGUUAUGAGUAGCAGCUUGGAGAAGAGUGUGGGAGCUAUUUGCAAAUGGGUGUCUACAGCGAGAGUGCUUGCACUUUAUUUAUAGGCAUUGCAUCUGCUGCAUAUGCCUCAUACGUGGUUUGGACUGCCUCUUUACUCCUUUCUUCUGUGCUUAGAAGGGCUUCAAAGACAUACUGUGGGAGAGAGGGAAAAGAUGGUGAAUUCUUCUAUUUCUUUUCUUCAUCUUCCUUUCUUCUUGGCCCUUCACAUUAAUAACUUCUAUUAGCACUGCAAAGAGUGCUGUUCACAAGCCAAGAACGCUGGUGGCCAAAAGCUGCUGGAGUAGGAAAAAAAAAAAAAAACCUCAUGCCUUGAAGUGAACUUUACUGAGCUUUCACAUUAGAGAAAACCUCUUGACAGAAACUUGCACUAUGAUAUAGAUCAAAACCUUUCCCCCCCCUCCAGAAUUUCUAAACUGGCACAGGGGAGAGUCUCUUGCCCCUAUUAAAAUGUGUGGUUCCUCAAUUAACUCCCUGUGACAGAGUGCAAAUCCUGGUCUAGAUUAGGGGACAGGAACACCUCUCUUAUGAAGAAAGACUGAGGGAUUUGGGUUUCUUCAGUCUGGAAAAAAGACGGCUGGGGGGGGACCUUAUCAAUGCUUAUAAAUACUUAAAGGGUGGGUGUCAGGAGGAUGGGGCCAGGCUCUCUUCAGUGGUGCCCGGGGACAGGAGAAGAGGUAACGGGCACAAACUUAAGCAUAGGAAGUUCCACCUAAACGUGAGGAGGAACUUCUUUACUUUGAGGGUGGCAGAGCACUGAACAGGCUGCCCAGAGAGGUGGUGGAGUCUCCGUCUCUGGAGACAUUCAAAACCCACCUGGACGCAUUCCUGUGCCACCUGCUCUAAGGUGACCCUGCUCUGGCAGGGGGGUUGGACCAGAUGAUCUCCAGAGGUCCCUUCCAGCCCUAUGGUUCUAUGGUCUAGGCACUUCGCUCUUGGGAGGACUUGAUCUGAGUGGUGGCUUUAAGUGAGUUUUGGGGCUUGGUGUGUCUGGGGUUUUUUUGUUUGGUUUUUUUAUUUAUUUUUCAAAUUUGAUAAACAAUGGCGUAAUUUUCUGGGAGACUUGGUGUUGGAGUGGCCAGGGCUUGCUCAGCGCUCUUUGUCAGAGGGCCCCCCUACCUGCUAUGAGCAUGUACAAAACCACAGGAUUUUGUUCCUAGUGCUGUAACUGGGCCUGAAACCGGACAGCUGACAGAGUCAGGGUAAGUCUUGCAUAAUUUAAAAACUAAAUGGAAAGUAAAGCGGUUAAUGUAAUUAGCACCUCCUAAUAAGCUAAGCUUGUUUUCUCUAGUGCUUUACCAGAAGGCUGUGAUCAUCUGAGAGAAACGCUGCUCCUGGAGACCAGCCUGGCCGCCUUCCAUUGAAGUGGGAGCGGAGCCAAGCGCUGCCCUUGGCUAAAGGUGCCCGAUGGCAGCGCUCCUCUCCCCGCCGGGGCCGCACCAGGCCCCCGUCCCAGACUGGAGCUGCAGCCGGCGCUGCGCUAGCAUGUGUUAGCAGGCCGCGAGUUUGAGGUGAAAAAUCCCAAACAUGAACAGCAAUGCACCACACCUGUCCUCAAAGCUGACUUGGCUAGAAGUGGAAUGUAGUUUCCUGACAGAUCUUCUUACAGAGAAGUUGUAAAUCCUUUGUAAUGGCCAACAAGAAAGAGCCUCCUUUUUUCAAUGAAGAUAAUAUGGGACCGUUUCACUACAAGCUUCCUUUUUAUGAAACUAUGGAGCUCUUCAUUGAAACGCUUACAGGAACAUGCUUUGAACUGCGAGUUUCCCCCUUUGAAACAGUUAUUUCUGUGAAAGCUAAAAUUCAAAGACUGGAAGGUAUUCCUGUCUCUCAGCAGCACUUAAUUUGGAAUAAUAUGGAGCUGAAGGAUGACUAUUGUUUGAAUGAUUAUAACAUUUCAGAAGGCUGCACUCUGAAGUUAGUUCUGGCUAUGCGAGGUGGACCUAUUAACACUAGAAGAGUUCCUGUGGAAGACCCUAUCAGGGAAAUGGCUGAAUACAUGGAUCCCAGUAGAGAUGAGAUCUGGGAGAAAGGGCCAUCCAACAAACAAGUUACCUUCUUAGUAUAUCGAGAAGGAGAUCAGUUGAAUUUCUUCCGUGUGGUAGAUCGGGGAGAUGGCACUUUAACGCCAUUAUCUGAAUCUUUGAGUGGUGGUUCAGUUUAUAACUUAUAUGCUGAUGAUGAAGAUGAGACAGAGGCAUCACCUUCUGGACAACAGAUUAUUGAGAAUUCAAUUACUAUGAAUAAAAUGAAACUACUCAAGGCAAAAAUGGAGAACAUGAAUCUAAGUAAAAAGCCUAAGAAAACUGUGAAAGUGAAACCUCGUCCUCCAAUGGCUCCUCGACCAUCUAGUGGGUCAGUGGCUGCUGCUCGUCACCGCUUUUUAAGAGUGCUCCCCCAUAUCGGACAGUCCUGCCUACCUCCUCCUGGGAAUUCAUAUCCCUCAGAGUCUUCCCAAAAUGCACUUUCAGCAUUGGCUACUUUGGCCACUGCUGGUAGAACAAUGCCAUCUACAACUAGUGACUUUCUUAAGGAAGAUGACACUUGGCAGAGCAACUCUUGGUCUCAGUCAGUUAGUAGCAUCAGAUUACCACCGAAAAUAUCUCGUGUCGAACUAGAAAAUGCAAAACUACCUACCAACAGUAUUCUGACUCCUGUUUCAUCCCUGCCUGCAAAUUCAGAAAAAGCAUCUGAAAAUGUGAACCCAACAAGUGAGGAGGAUGCUGUUUUGUUUCCGAAUCUAACAAAUGUAGAACUAUAUGGAACUGAAGAAAAACUUUUACCUGAAACAGAUGCUUUUGCUUUGUUAACGGAAGGAAGUACCACUGAACAGUGUAGUGAGAUAUAUGACAUAGGAAAGGUGAACCCAGAACUUGAACUGUCUGAUGGAGAUGAAGAAUCUAAGGUUGUAGAGCAGCACAGAAAACCGAUUAGCAAAGUGCUGAGCACUGCAGCGAUGGGGGCUGGUCUUCUCAGUACUCGUGAAUUAAGUCCACAGAAAAAUCUGCUUUUGUCACCUCUUCGGUAUUCAGCGCAAGUGGCACGUCACAGUUCUCUGAAACCACAAACACAACCCAAAUGCUUUGAGGCUGGUAACUUGAGAUCUACAGCCUCCCCAAACGUGCUUCGGUCGUUGGAAGUCCGUAGUAUAGCAGACUCCUCUCUUUCUAGGACUACUAGAUUUCAUGGCGUGAAAGUAGAGUCACUUGGCAAAAGACCUGAUGUAAUUUCUAAAGCAGAGGCUAGGGACAUCACAGAUGUGGCUAACAAGGCAUCCAAAGAACCUGUGAGUUCUGUAAGUAACUUAGGAUUUUUGGCUUCGCUGGCCCGAAGCACAAACAGGGAAAGUUUACAGAGUUCCUGUGGGACAGGCAGGUUUCGGACUUCUGGUAUUGCACUACCUACAAACCUUCAGCAUUUUCAGGAAGAAAGCUUUAGGAAAACUGCCUCUCCACAUGAAGCUGCUGAAUAUAUUCUAUCUGCGCAUGGGCUUGGAAUGAAUGGAAGUAUUGCAGCUGUAGGGAAAAGAGUAGCAGGUGAAGCAACCCAUCUUCCACCUGUGAAUGGCUCAAUUCAAGCAAAAAAGAAAAUUACAAAGCAUUGCUUUCUUUGUGGCAAGAAAACUGGAUUGGCAACCAGCUAUGAGUGCAGAUGUGGAAACAACUUCUGUGCAACGCAUCGCUAUGCAGAGACUCACACCUGCACCUACGACUAUAAGAGUGCAGGGCGAAGGUAUUUGCAGGAGACCAAUCCCGUCGUUAGUGCACCAAAGCUUCCCAAAAUCUAAUGUGGUUGUGCUGCAUGUGGCUGUUCUGCCAUUGAAGAGUUGUAUUACAUUGAGAGAAGCACUUGCUUAAACUGUAUAAUUUUGCCAUGCUCCAUAUUUAAAGAUUUGCCAAGUAAUAAAAGCACAUGAGGAUGCAUCCUAUCGAAGAAUAAUGUGAACACUACUGCAGUUAAAACUUUUCUUCUUUAGUGAAUGGAAAGUUAAAGAUUAGUUUUCAAAAACUUACACUAUGUUUUAACUGUUACUGCACGUCUUGUGUUGUGUUUUAUAUAUGGAAAAGCUAUUUCACUAGACAAGUCUUCAAAAGAUGCACUUUACUAACUUUAUUUACUGUAUAACCAGACUUGAGGGGGGUGUUGUAAUGAGGGUGUCAUGUAUUGUCUUCUGUACUCUUGCGUUUUUGUCCAUUGCGUGGUAUCAGAAUUAUAAGUUAUUUCACUAGAAAGAUCCUUCUCCCUCCCCUUUCUUCAAACAGCCUACUUUGAGAUUUUUUUAAGGGGGUCGUGUGUUCCCCACCACUCUGUUCCGUUCAGAUUGGUAUUCAUACACUGUGUAUCCAUUCUGGAAAUUACAUACCAUAUUAAUCACAUUUUCUUAAAAUAAUACUGUUUAUAUGACAAGUUUGUUUUUAAAUAGGAAACUCCCCCUUUGCCAUUAAAUAUAAGGAACAAGUUAUUUUAAUGGUUUUUGUAAUCCUAGGUUUUUUUAAGCCUUCACAACCUGGUUUGUUAAGAUGUUGAAUGCUGUUACUGGAAGAAAUUCUAAUAAAUAUUAAAUUUUAUUCUGGUUUAUGCUCUUAUAAAUGCACAAAAUAACUUUUCCUAUCUUACAGCAUGCUCCUAAAUUAAAAGUUGGACUUUGUUGUAGGGGGAAAGGGGAUAUUUUUUAUUUCCCAGCAACUUCAUUAGGAAUAGUGUGACCGACACUGUGUGCUUUAAAUAAACCUUCUGAAGUCUUACAGAUGUACUAGCAAAGGAAAAUAGGUGUGCAACAAAUGGUGUAUGUUAACCUGCAGCCUUUCUCCCCUCCAGCUGAUACUGUACAAAGGCAGCUCAGUAAUUGCAUGAGACACCUUUAACGAGCAUGCAGCUACUUGCAGAAAGUGAUGUUGGAGGAAUAUACCUGCUGAAAGCCUUUCCUCUUUCGUUUUCUUAUUGUGCCUGAAAUCUUUUUAUAAGCUUACGUUGCUUGAGGUGUUCUGGUAUAAACAGAUUAACCUACAACAAACCACCAAAACAACAGCAACCCUUCCACAUUGCAUCUAGACAAUUGAAUGUCAUGGUCCCUUUCUUGCCAGAGUCCUCAGCUACUUAGUUGGUUGUGGCAUUAAAAUGAUCUAUGCUGCGUUCUAGUUGAACAGUAGCAGCUGAUGAGCAUGGCAAUCAAAAGUUGGGCCAAAAAAAGAAGAGGAUCACUGAAAGGGAGAAAAGUAACUUCAAAAAUUCUCAUCCUUGGAGGAAACCCAGUUCCUGUAGUCCACCUGGAACUUAAGCCUUCUGGAGUUUUCAAAGAGUGAUGACCUCAGAAAAAAAAAUUCAAAAUCAUUCUUCUGGGCAGCAAUAAGGUAAAAAGGUAGUUCUGUGUGUGUGUGACCUCUAGGCUUAUUCUUAGUGGACAAAGUUGCACCUAGUAUGAAGAACAUGCUACUGAGCAGUGCUAGAUGCCUUGAAUGUGCCUGUAGUUUUUAAUUCGUCUCCAGCACGGGACAAUAUUUGAUGCCUAAGGAACAGGACAAACAUGCUAGUGUUUUCCCAGCAGUUACUUAUUUGUGGCUCAGCAGCUUUCUUAAGACAGAGGUGUUGGUCUUUCUGUAGGUUCAGUAGAGAUUUGCUAAGAAAUGGAAUUAAAAUAAUAUCAGCUGUCAUCACUUAAUCUGAUUUUCCAUAAGUAUAAUUGUCAGGAAAUGAUCUUGUAGUGCAUGAGAAUGGCCAUACGCAGAUUUUAGUAAGACUGCGUAACUGAGAUGUGUGGCAGGAAGUUUGAGUCAAAUCUCAAUUGUGACUCUCCCUUUCUGCAAAUAUGCAUAAUGAAGUGCACAACAAUACUUUUCAGAAAAUGCAAUGCAGUAAUAACCUAAUUUCCAUGUGUGUAGGUUGUCCUAAUUUUUACUAUACCUCAUUUUGAUUAUACCUAAUGCAGACAUUUCUUGUGCAGAACUCUUCUGGUUUUGCUCUUGUCUCCAAUACUGUUACAGGCACUCUUAUUUUCAACCAGUAGUAUAGCCCUAAGAGCACUUAAAUUUGUAAUUAACUGUUUUAGUUGCUAAUUUAUAUGCUAUUGGGUUUUACCAAAUCCUGUGUUAGUCUGUGCUAUGGAUUAAUUCCUGUUUACUGUGUAAACUUACCUAAAUGGUUUGGUUUUCUGAGUAUUAGUCUGUGGUGCUACACAUCUGCUGUAGACAAAUGUUUAGCUUUUGUGUAUUUGUUCAUGUAAUUAGAUUGUAUCAUAAAGCAUUUACAUAAUGGAAGUUUAACAAUGACUUUGGUGUGUGCUUCUCUACCUUUCUGUCUUUUUUACAUGUUGCUUUUAUGCUUGAGGACGUGUGAGGCAUAACCAGGGUGGUGUCUUGUUGAAUGACCUCCAGGAUUCUUUUGUCAAAUUGAUAAGCACCACAGAGGUGUCCAAAGUGUUUCUGGAUCUUGAACAAAAUAUUUCCUUUCCCUGAAAUCUGUAGAAGGUCAUGGUUAUAAAAAUCUGUCUGCUUGCAAUUCCCAUCUCUAUUCAGUUUGCAGUCCCCAGGGUGUAAUUGCACUCAUGUCUUUU